GCGGUUAUAUUAAAUAAAAACACAGGAAUUAACACCUUUCACUUCACCCAAACGCCAACAGCUCCAUAUUUCCAUAUCUUACAAUGUUGUGACAACGCAAGUCUUUAUUCUCUCCUGUUAGCUUUCUUCCGGAAUCGGUUCGUUGGCAAAUAUCGGUGGGAAAGUAUGACGAGGCGGAAAAGACUCUAGUGAAGAUUGCUAACUCGAACGACAAGCCCCUUUCAGGUCCAUUCUUCAGCAGUGAUUUUAAGAAGAAACAAGAGGCCGCACCAAGGGAGAGACGAGCUACAGGAAUUGACAUAUUCCGCCAGCCUCGAAUGAGACUACGAACCAUCAAUCUUAUCUUUACCUGGAUGGUGAAUUCCUUGGUGUACCACGGUCUAUCACUAAACACCUCAAACCUCGGUGUCAACGAAUACGUCGCCUUCGCAGUGUCAGGAGCCGUCGAGAUCCCUGCUUACCUUCUCUCCGUGGUCGCCAUCGAGAUCAAGUUCAUAGGACGGAGGAUUAGUCUCAGUGUGUGCCUGUUGGUCGCCGGCGUGGCUUGCCUCUCUACAUCCGCCAUACCACCCGGAGCAGCACUCACAUCAGUUGCAAUGAUUGGUAAAUUUGGAAUUUCGGCAUCUUUCGCAAUCCUGUAUCUGUACACCGCGGAGCUGUACCCAACCAACAUCAGGAGCGUGGCAAUGGGGACCUGCUCGAUGUUUUCACGAAUCGCCGGCAUUGUGGCGCCCCUCAUACUCAUACUGGCCAAGAUUUGGACUCCACUACCCCUCGUCAUCUACGGGUCCGUCUCAGUGAUCGCUUGCCUACUGACUCUCUUCCUCCCCGAAACUUUGGGCCACAAGCUCCCCGAGACAAUCGAAGAAAGCGAAAAUUUUGGAAGGAAAUCUGACGAGAACAACACCAGCUCGGGUACAAAUGGCGUCUACAUUCUUAACCAGGAUGGGCGUGAAGAGAAGGAGAUUAAAGAGAAUGGAGGGGUCAACACCAUGGAUUACGUGAAUCCUUCAUUCAAUAUUCAAGAUGAGAAUGACCACGGCAAACGGGAUAGUGGCGUGCAAGCUGAUUUACCGGAAUAACCUUAGAAAAGUACAUGUACCUUCGCGAAAAAGAGGUGUACAAAACGAUAUAUCGGCUUGACGAAGUACUGUUAGCACAAUAGCAAACACAUUCGAGAAAAAUGUAAGGGCUAAGUCAAUAUCAUAUUGUACAUCCAACAGAUAUCAUGUUUUGGGUGACGUGAUACUUUACUUUUUAUGUUCGCUGCAAUGUUCGCACAUUUUGUAUACAGUGCGUCCCAAAAAAAACUAUACACUUUUGAAAUGGCUGCCA